AUUAUCUCGUCGCUCGAUUAUCCUUUGGGUUUGUAAUUGUCAAUUUGUCGCUACCUACCCUCUCUUUCGAACGCUUACAAUUUCCUUGUCCUUGGAGCUAAUUGAGGUAUUUAGGGUUUCUGUUAAUCGAUUGGAUAUGGAAACAGCAACUGCUCUUCGAACUUCUUUCGGUACCUGUAUUAGACCGUCGACUAAAUCCGAUAUUCGUCGUUCCCGCACGGGAUCUAUCGCUUUUGCUACUGUUUCGAAUAAGGGGUUCCUUUCAUUUUCACAUCCCAGAUCAGGACUAAAAAGCGCAUCUUUUCAAAGUCAAAAGAAGAGAAUUGCAAUAAAGGCCUCAUUAUCUUCUGAUUCUGCUGGAUCUGAUGCGCCAAUUGCCCCACUUGAGCUGGAAUCCCCAAUCGGACAGUUCCUAUCACAAAUUCUCAUCAGCCACCCUCACCUCGUUCCUGCAGCAGUUGAACAGCAGCUCGAACAGCUUCAAACUGAUCGCGACUCUCAGAAACAAACCGAAGAACCUUCCGCCCCAACCACCGAUCUUGUCUUAUACAAGAGAAUCGCGGAGGUGAAAGCAAACGAAAGGCGAAAAACUCUCGAAGAGAUUCUAUACGCAUUAGUCGUACAAAAAUUCAUGGACGCGAAAAUCUCCUUAAUUCCAUCCGUAACCCCAAAACCCUCCACACCAUUCAAGACAAUCGACUCAUGGCCCACCCAAGACGAAAAACUCGAACUCAUUCACUCCCCCGAAGCCCUCGAAAUGAUCCAAAACCACUUAUCUCUCAUCCUUGGAAACCGUGUCUCCGAUUCCACUUCUGUAGCCGAAAUAAGCAAACUCAGAGUCGGACAAGUCUACGCCGCAUCCGUAAUGUACGGGUACUUCCUCAAACGGGUCGACCAACGUUUCCAGCUUGAAAAAACCACAAAAGUCCUGCCCGAUAACACCGGAGACUCUGCCCCUUGGGUGCCUAAUGUCCACCCGGAAGUGGAAGUUCCAAACUCGGGCAGUUUCGGGCAGGUGAAAGCGUCUCGGUUGAGAAACUAUGUGAUGUCGUUUGAUGGGGAGAGUUUACAAAGGUAUGCGACGAUUAGGUCGAAAGAGGCAGUGAGUAUUAUUGAGAAACAUACGGAGGCGUUGUUUGGUAGGCCGGAGGUUGUGGUGACGGCGGAUGGGGCGGUGGAUUCUUCUAAAGAUGAGGUGAUUAAAAUAAGUUUUGGUGGGUUGAAGCGGUUGGUUUUGGAGGCUGUGACUUUUGGGUCGUUCUUGUGGGACGUGGAGAGUUACGUGGACACUAGGUAUCAUUUCGUGGCAAAUUAAUGUUUUAUUUGAAAGUGGUUGUCAUGAUAAUUACAUUAGAUUGUAUAUAUAAACUCUACUUUAGUGACUAUAGUGUUGAUUUGGGAUCUUUAUUUAUUUAUUUUUUUUGUUUUGAUUGAACAUAUUUCGUGAUUAA